UUUUUCAUUAUCAGGAAAAGUUUUGUAUAAUAUUAUAGCAAUUAAAUACAACAUGUUCACAACUUAACGAAAGUGACUAGGGAACUUGAAAACGUGUCUAUAUUUCAUUAAAAGAUGGAUAUUAUAUCAAUAAUAAAAAAAAAAUGUCAAAAGGAAGAGUUAACCAAAGAUGAGAUGACAUUUUUCAUAAAAUGUAUUGUAAAUGGAAGUAUAGAUCAAUGUCAGAUUGGAGCUAUGUUAAUGACUUUAUAUUUAAAUGAUAUGACUAAUAUUGAGGUUAGUAAUAUGACCAUGGCCAUGGCAAAUUCGGGUAAGAUAUUAGAUUUUAAGUCAUCGUCAUUUGUCGUAGACAAACAUAGCACUGGUGGUGUUGGUGAUAAGGUGUCUAUACCACUUGUACCUGCUCUAAGAGCCACGGAAGAAGAUUUUGUCAUACCAAUGGUAUCAGGCAGGGGACUUGGAUUUACUGGAGGCACAUUAGACAAACUUGAGAGUAUUCCUGGUUUUUCUGCGUUCAGUUUUGAUUAUAAACAACUAUUCAAUAUUGGAAACGAAUUUGGGUGUUUUAUCGUCGGAUCAGAUGAUUUAUCACCGGCAGAUUCGAUUCUUUACCGGGCCCGAGAUGUUACUGCUACGGUGGAUAACUCUGGAUUGAUAAUUGCGUCAAUAAUAUCUAAGAAAGCUGCUGCUGGCAUUAAAUAUCUAGUACUUGAUAUAAAAAUUGGAUCAGCAAGUUUUUUUCAUUCUGUUGAUGAAGCUAAGACAUUUGGAAAACAAUUUGUUCUUGUAGCAAAGUUGAUGGGUAUUGAAUGUAGAGCAUUAAUGACUAGAAUGUCAGCUCCAAUUGGUAAUUAUGUUGGUAAUUCGCUGGAAAUAUUGGAAUCCGUAAACUGUUUAAAAGGAGAAGGUCCGAGAGAUUUACAGAAUCUUGUUGAAUUAAUUGGUGGACAUUUGCUGCACAUGACGCAUAAAGUAAACACUGUGGAAGAAGGUCGUAAGCGUAUAGCAGAGUCAUUAAAUAAUGGUACAGCUUUAGAAAAGUUCAAACAAAUGUUAAUCAAACAGAAUAUUGAUGAAAUGAUUGCAGAUGGAAUAUGUUAUGGUCGUACAAUUGCAAUUUUACCAAUGGCCAAGCACGAAACUAAAAUUAAGUCUCAAUCUUCAGGUUACGUGAAAAAAAUUAAUGGUAUGAUCAUUGCUGAAAUUUGUAACAAGUUGGGAGCUGGAAGGCAAUUUAGUAAUCAACAGAUUGAUCCGGCAGUUGGUGUUCAAUUGCUUGUUAAGAUAGGAGACUAUAUUAAAAAUGAUACUCAAUGUAUAAUCUUAUAUCAUAAUGAAAUUGAUUUGGAUAAAUCAUUUUUAAUUUCAUUACAAAAUUCCAUAGAAUUAACGGACAAAGUUGUACAACCAGAAAACAUUUUACUUGGAAUCAUAGAUUGCAAUAGUUGAGAUUUGAAGCAAAUAAUGGUUAAAGAUUUAAAGACUAUUACAGAAUAUGAUAAACAAUUUUAGACAAACAAUUAAAUACAACGUGUAUGUUUAAUAUGGACAAUAUAUACUAUUUAUUUUUUCACAAA